UUUUUGAUUCCAAAAUUCUCUGUCGAUGUUGAAUAUAGGCUGCGUCAAGCAGCCUUAAUGUACUUGAAGGAUGGAAUGCACCUAAAAAUGACAAAGGAAUUGAAACAUGACAUUCUUCAGAAACUUGCAGAGACCAUAUACUCCUUCAAAGCAUACCCAACUGCUGAUGAUCUAAGAGAUGUUGCCAAGGCAUUGGUGAAUACUCACCACUGUCUUCAAGAACCAGGGUCGCCUUCUGGGUACUGUGGGUGGACAAACAGUUUGAAAGACAAAAUGGGAAAUUACAGAUCCAAAAUGAGAAGCCUUGGACACACAGAUGUCAUGGUUAAUGCUGGGAAAAGAGGAAGAUACUCUACCAGCAGUGAUCCACCUAGCAAGACCAUCAAGAAACCAAGGAAAGGGGAGGUCAACUACCUACCUAACCUUCCAAGUGGGCAGGAUGCUUCCGGUCUUGAAAUGCUCAGACAGCAGUUGGUGGAUGAAAUGAAGAAAAAAAACCCUGAUGCAGUCUUUAUCAAUCAGAAGAUGGACAUGACUCUAUCCUUAAGAAGACAUGAUGUUGUGAUCAACAAGCCUCCUGUAAGCCUGAUACUUCAGCGUUGGCCAGCACUUUUUAGAGAAAGACAG